CCGAGCCUCCCUGGGGUCGGUGUGUCGUCCAACUGGACCGCCUGCCUCGUCUCUCUCCUCUUAAAACUUCAAGUCGCGGAGCGGAGCCCCUAGAAACUUGUGAGUCGACGACAUGCGCUCCCUCGUCGGGCUAGCGGCCACCGUGGCGGCGGCCAGCGUCUACCUCUACGUGCUCUCCACUCAUCUCCCGCCGGCGGAUGAGCACUUCCCGCCGACCUCGCCUGGGGAGCCUGAACCCGAACCCCACUACUACAAGCUGAAGUUCCCGUCUGAUCUGGACGAGCUUCGGGAGCUUGCCGAGAUGCUCAGGUUCUACAAGCGGGAGCACCACGGUUACGUUCUGCUGCUCUUCUGCAGCGCAUACCUCUACAAGCAGUCCUUCGCCAUUCCCGGUUCCUCCUUCCUGAACAUGCUGGCCGGCGCCAUAUUCGGACCCUGGGAGGGGCUGGCGCUGGCGUGCUUGCUCACCACCACGGGCUCAACAUUCUGCUACCUGCUGUCCUCCACCUUUGGGAAGCAGCAUGUGGUUCGCAUCUUCCCGGACAAGGUGGCGCUGCUGCAGAGGAAGGUAGAGGAAAACCGAAGCAGCUUGUUCUUUUUCCUCCUAUUCCUGCGCUUCUUCCCCAUGACCCCUAACUGGUUCCUUAACAUCACCUGUCCUGUCCUCAACAUCCCCAUGCCCAUCUUCUUCUUCUCCGUUUUCAUCGGUUUGAUUCCCUACAACUUCAUCUGCGUGCGCACGGGCGCCAUCCUCUCAGAGAUCCACUCUCUGGAUGACAUCUUCUCGUGGGCCACGCUGGCCCAACUGCUGGCCAUCGCACUGGUGGCGCUGGUGCCCGGUGCACUUAUAAAACGUUACGGUCAAGCUCACCUCAAGGUGGAAGAUAUGGACGGAACGCAGGAUAGUGAUCGGAAGAGGCGAUGACGAUGGUAGGAUGAGGACUUUGAAUACUUGAGGGCUCCACUGGUGGACAUUGCACCACAAGCCUCGACAUCACUGUGAGAAAAAAAAAAACAUUGUUAAUGUGGCAG